ACUCAGCUCUGCUCACGACCGCGACAUUCCAUUGGGUCUACAAUGGUUCGGAUAAUCAUCAAAGGAGGGGUUUGGAAGAACACGGAGGAUGAAGUGCUGAAGGCCGCGAUCGCAAAGUAUGGGAAGAACCAAUGGGCCCGUAUUUCGUCCCUGUUGGUGCGAAAGACUCCCAAGCAAUGCAAAGCCCGAUGGUACGAGUGGUUGGACCCGUCCAUCAAGAAGACAGAGUGGUCAAAGACCGAGGAUGAAAAGCUCCUGCAUCUGGCAAAGUUGAUGCCUACUCAGUGGCGAACCAUCGCUCCCAUAGUGGGUCGGACCGCCACGCAGUGUCUGGAACGGUAUCAAAAGCUGCUAGACGAAGCGGAAGCGAAGGAGCACGAAGAGCUCGGUCUGACAGGUCCGGGAGACUCCGGUCCCAGUGCUGAAGAUGUCAGGAAACUCAGACCGGGGGAGAUUGACGUCGAUCCGGAGACGAAGCCUGCUCGACCAGAUCCUAUCGAUAUGGACGAAGAUGAGAAGGAGAUGCUGUCGGAAGCCCGUGCCCGCCUAGCGAAUACCCAGGGAAAGAAGGCGAAGCGUAAAGCUCGCGAGCGUCAAUUGGAGGAGGCUAGGCGUCUCGCCAUGCUGCAGAAGAAACGGGAGCUGAAAGCGGCUGGUAUCAUUAUGCGACACAAAUCAAAGAAGAAGGGAAUGGAUUAUAAUGCCGAUAUUCCCUUUGAGAAGAAACCUGCACCCGGCUUCUAUGACACUUCUGAGGAACAGGCUCGCCCGACCACAGCCCCCGUUGGCCAGACACUCCGUCGACUGGAAAACAAGCGGAAGCCGGAAGAAGAAGAGGCCGAACGUAGGAAACGGCAGCGGAAAGCCCAGGAAGGUAAAGCGGGCAACGAACCACAUCAGACAAAAUUUGUGCCAGCCAGAGACGCACAAAUACAGAAGCUGAAGGAGGCGGAAUCCAUUGGCCGCCGACGGAAGCUCCAGCUCCCUGCCGCCCAAGUCAACGAAGCUGAGUUGGAAGAAAUUGUCAAAAUUGGUCAAGCUGGAGAGAACGCCAAAGCUUUGGUUCAAGGUGGUAGUGAAGCGAGUGGUGGGCUGCUGAGCGACUAUGAGGGUCUAGAAAGGGCGAAGAUGGCCCGAACGCCACGGACAGCGCCUCAGCAUGACAACGUCAUGACUGAGGCUCGGAACUUGCGGAAUAUGCAGAUCCAACAGACGCCUCUGCUCGGCGAUGAAAAUACGCCGCUCCACGUGGGCCCUGACGGGGGUACUGGAUUUGAAAGUGCGACUCCUCGGCAUCAAGUAUCUUUCACCCCCAACCCGCUGGCGACCCCCGCGAGAGGUAAUCUGAUAGAUGGCUCGGCGACACCCAGUACGGAUAUCCAGUCUAUGAAUGGAGCGACACCCCUUCGCACACCUAUGAGGGAUAACCUCAGUAUCAACCCCGGCGACGGGAUGGUUACACCGAGUGAAACCCCCAGACGUAUGCAGUAUGAUCCGUCAGCGAAACGAGCCCUUCGCGCUGGUUUCAUGUCCUUGCCGAGGCCCGAGAACAACUUCGAGCUCCUGGUUCCUGAAGACGAAGAAUCUGCUGAGACAGCGGAAGGCCCUAUUAUCACUGAAGAAGAUGCCGCGGAACGGGAUGCCCGGAUACGAAAACAGCAAGAGGAAGAAGAAAGGAAGGCACUGGCACGGCGCUCUCAGCCUGUCCAACGAGGGCUUCCUCGGCCUCCUAACGUUGAUGUUACACAGCUCUUGCAAAAGUUGACUAUGGAUGAUGAAGAGGACGGCUUACAGCAAGCGCGGCGAUUAAUGAAUUUGGAACUUGCCGAACUGCUGCAACAUGACUCUAUCGUUCAUCCUCUUCCGGGCACGUCCUUAGCAGGCAGUACAAUGUCCUCGUAUGACAUGCCCCCUGAUGAACUUGUCGCAGACGCUAAAUCCCAGAUUCAUAUGGAGUUGGCGUCGGCACUAGGCUUUCCGAAUGCAAGCGAGCAGCAUCUCAAAGAGGGUAUAGCCUCAUUAUCGAAGACCGAACCCCUGGAUGAGACAGUAUCAUGGGCAUUCAUGCGACCACGCCUUGUCUACAACGUCUCAACGAAGACCUGGGUUGCGCCCUCCACACUAUCGGACGAAGAGCGGGUCGCGGGUUUCGCCGCAUCCCUAGAUGAGAUCAGGGAGCAAAUGUCCAAGGAAGCAAGCAAGUCUGCUAAAAUCGAGAAGAAAUUAGGCGUUACGCUAGGUGGCUAUCAGGCUCGCUUCAAAGCCUUGACCUCGCGCAUAAACACCGCAUGGACUGAGGCCGACAAAGUUAAGGUCGAACUGGAAAGCUUCUCACAACUUCGCACGAACGAAAGCGCUGUUGGGCCGCGUCGCGUUGCUGCUCUCAAGGAGGAAGUGGACAGACUCGAGAGCCGCGAGAAGAUGUUGCAAGGCAGGUAUGCCGAACUGGAGAAUGAGCGGCAGGAGGCCCUAGCACGGGUAUCUGCGCUGGAAGAGAAGUUGAUGGCUGAGGCUGAGGCACUGAACGAGGCGGCACUCGCUGAGGCGGAGUCAGCUGAGCAGUGAUGUUUUCCCGCUCCAUCGUCGACGACGUUGUCCUCGUCUUCGACCUGUUUUUAUAGGCCUUUGUAUAUCACAGCUAACGUACUCUAUCCACUGUUGAAUCAUAUUAUCGCAAUACUCCAGCAG